UGUUUCAGUAAAACUCUACCUCAGAACUAUAACUUGUAUAUAUUUUCAUAUUUAUCCUGGAUUUAGUUAUCAUUUAUUUUUAAAUGCGGUAUGAAAAUAUGAAUGUUUGAUUUAGGGGAGUAAUAUUUCAUAAUAAGAAUGUAAAGAUUCUAAAGUUACGGUCGAUUGCACCUUUUAUAAAGUGAUAAAGUAACUUUCAUUUCUUAUAGGUUAAAAUUGAAACCACGUUGCAUAAAGUGCAGUUUUGAUAGAAAAUGUUUAAGAUGGGUACGGUAAAUAAACUUUUAAGUAUGAGUCAUUACAUUAAAUCUUGGAUAUAAAAUGUAAAGUUACAAAGAAUUAGCUAAGAUUUAAGUGCGUCAGUCAGGAAUUGGUACAAAAGCGUUUGAUUGGAUUAUAGAUAAUAAGUUAAAACCACCUCAAGAUCAUGGAUUACCACCUUAUAGUUCAUUCAGACACUCGAAAAUCGAUCCGGAGUAAAAUACAUGUGACAGAAUUGUAUACAAACUAUAUACAUGCAUGAUUUCUUUACAGAAUGUGUCAUGUAUUCAUGGUGAACAACAAAAACAUUUGGAUAUGAUUGUAUUUGAUGAUGUUAUUUCUUUGGAUUUUACAUGAAAAUGCAAUUUUUGUUUGAUCAAUAGGUAAUAAAUUUUUGUACAAACUAGAGGAACAUUAUUGUAACUAUAUACUCGUAAUUAGCAUAGUAUUUUACACCUUGUGUACACUUUAAUGUAAUGUUAUAAGUGUAGUUAAACAUUACAAAUGAAUUGAAUCAACCAAAAAUACCGGAACUGAAAUAUAAAGAUUGUUAAACGGAGAGGAUUUUAAUAUAAAAAUGGAAUUAAAAGUGGUUGUUAAACGUGUUUAGUGCAAAACAAGGGGGAAUCAGAGACUUUGUUAUACUUGUACCAGUAACGAUCAGAAAGUUAAUGUUAUAAAAUUGUCUCUGCAGUUUAUUGUAUAGAGGAGGAAUAUAUUCUAGGGAAAAUGACAUUGAUGAAGAAAGAAGGAUUAAAGUGAAAACAUUUCUUAUUUGUGUUUGAUAUUUAAGAUGGAGGAAAAAUUCUUGCAAAGAUGCAAGAAUUAUGUUAGAAUGUCUUUUUUUGAAAAACAUUUAAAACAAUUGCCUUGGAGAUAUCGGAAUUAAAUGGCGAAUUCAUUCAAUAAGGAUUUGAUACCAUAAACAUUGGUUGCCACAGAAACAAUGGAAGAUAUAAUAGAUAAAGAGAAGGGUGAAGAAGAGGAUGAUGAAUAUCAUGAGAACGUUCAUCUUACUGUGCCGCAAAAUGCUCUUACACGGACAGUCUCUUAUAAUGAUACUAAAACAUUGUUAAGGUGUAGGAAACAGGCGGCGCUUUUGGCAACGUCAACCAGUGAGACAGAUUUACGCAGAUAUUCAUUGUCACCACUUUUCAUAAGGCGAUCUGCUUCAGUGAAUGAAUGUAGGUCAGAGCUAUCCAGAUCUCCACUCUCUGUGAGAGUGAAUUUUAGUGAUGAUGAAGUUUUUGAGUUUCCACAUACACGAUCACCGAUGUCGUUAAAGAAAGAGCUCAGCUUCAGUAGGCGAUCCAGUAACAGAAAUCAUCGGAAGUCUGUGGUUGGUCCAAACAAAUCACCUGUGUUACAGGCCCGAUGUCCAUCUCCUCAAAUAGGAAGUAGUCCUCAUGAUAGUCCCAGAAACUUGUCACCCAGUACUCAUGGAAACUUUGCCUUCCAGAAUGUACGCAGGGGUGAUGGUAGAAGAUGGUCACUGGCAUCAUUACCUUCCUCGGGUUAUGGUACAAACACACCUGGUGGAUCUAGUCUCUCAUCACAAUAUUCAUCACAAGAACGUCUUCAUCAACUACCCAGCCAGCCUACCCAGGAAGAUAUCGGAAAACUGUACAAACAUUUUGCCACUAAUGAUGGUCAUUCUAGUCUAGAAGAUGAUGGUCGCCAGUCUCCUCUCUCACCUUUUAUGAGACCAAGAUCUCGUAGUCUCAGUCUGUCUUGGCUGGCUUUACAUAGUCCAGGCCGGUCCCCGGGUGGUGAUUCAGAGAUUAUACUCAUGAACAGUGUAUACAAGGACAGAUUUCCUAAGGCAACGGCCCAGAUGGAAGAGCGGCUUCAGCAGUUUCUGGAACAUUGUCGACUGAUACAUAAUGAGAGUGAUAUAGAUGCAAUCUCCAGCUUUCUUUUACAUCAAGUUAUGGAGCUGGCUAAAGAUUGUCUUGAAAAGUCCCAAUAUAAGCUAAUCACCAGUGCUUACUUCUAUGAACUCUCAGACAGUCUGGAAAAACUGCUCAAAGAUGCUCAGGAGAGGUCAGCAGAAACAUUUAUGUAUCCUUUAAUUAAGAAAAUGCUCCUGAUAAUCUCAAGACCAUCUCGACUUCUAGAAUGUCUGGAGUUUGAUCCAGAGGAGUUUUAUCAAUUACUUGAGGCUGCUGAGGGAAAAGCCAAACAGGAAAUUAAAGACAUACCAAAAUAUAUCAUCAGUAAACUAGGUCUUAACAGAGAUCCUUUAGAAGAACUUGAGAUAGAGAAUCGUGAGAGUGCAGCAGUAGAUGAGAGUUUGAAGGACACAUCACUUGUGUUAUCUGAUGUUGAAGAAAGCAUUGAUGGUCGCAGAAAAGAUCUCACUCCAUGUGAGGAAGAUUUUGAAACCAUUAAACUUAUCAGUAAUGGAGCAUAUGCUGCUGUAUAUUUGGUUCGACACAAGGAAAGUAAGCAAAGAUUUGCCAUGAAAAAGAUCUGUAAACAGAACUUGAUAUUACGCAAUCAAACCGAACAAGUGUUCACCGAAAGGGACGUGUUAACAUUUGCUGAUAAUCCAUUUGUUGUGAGUAUGUGGUGUAGUUUUGAAACAAAGCGCCACCUAUGUAUGGUGAUGGAAUAUGUAGAAGGUGGUGAUUGUGCAACAUUGUUGAAAAAUUCUGGACCACUGCCAUUUGAUCUUUCGAGAUUAUAUUUUGCUGAGACUGUGUUAGCUUUGGAAUAUCUCCACAGUUAUGGAAUAGUUCAUAGAGAUUUAAAACCAGACAAUUUGUUAAUUACCGCUACAGGGCAUAUUAAGCUGACAGACUUUGGUCUGUCUAAGAUUGGACUAAUGAGUUUAACGACAAAUUUGUAUGAGGGAACGUUAGACAAAGAUAGUAAACAGUUUAGAGACAAACAAGUGAUGGGGACUCCAGAAUAUGUGGCUCCUGAAGUUAUUCUACGACAAGGAUAUGGUAAGACAGUUGAUUGGUGGUCAAUGGGAAUCAUACUGUAUGAGUUCCUGGUAGGUUGUCCCCCUUUCUUUGGUGAUUCAGCAGAGGAGCUCUUUGCUCAAGUUAUAAAUGAGGACAUAGAGUGGCCACAGGAAGAGGAGUGGCAGGUACGAGAAGAUGCCAAGGAUCUGAUAACCCAACUUCUGCAGCACAAUCCACUCAAUAGAUUAGGAGUUGGCGGUGCUCAGGAGGUGAAGGAUCAUUUUUAUUUUGAUGGUCUCGACUGGGAAUCUAUUCUUAGACAAAAGGCGGAGUUUGUACCUGAUUUAGAAGAUGAUGAGGACACAUCAUAUUUUGACACACGUGCAGACAGGUAUAACCACGAGCUCGAGACGGAAGACACAGAUAUUGAUGACUCUGAGGAUCAGUUGUUCCACAGCUUCUCCUCCAUGUCUCCACGAUUCAGUAAAGUCUACUCCAGAAUUGAGGAGCUACAUGAGGACUAUGGAACAGAUUUGAGGGACCGUAGACGUCAUUCUAGUGCUGAUGAAAUGCGGACAAGGCUACUUGAAAAACAGGCAUUAGAACGUAAAGAUUCGAACCAGUCUACUAGUUCAGAAAAUUCUCUAGAGUUACAGUCGUAUAUGAACCACCCGUCCAGCGAUCGUCACCGUGCCUUGUCAGAUAACACGUAUCCCAAGACGGACCAAAAACCUGACUUGACUAAUAAUCAAAGCAAGAGUGAAGAUGAUCCAGACGUAUUUAGUAGUGCAGAAAGUACCCCCCGAUCAAGUAUCAGUGUUCAGGGCACAUCAAUGUCUACAUCUGACUCAUCACAGAAUGAGAGUGACUCCUCACCUGUUGUUACCAAGAAAACAGUCCGUUCAAGCAUAAACAUACCCCACCCAACAAUACCCAGAGUGGCCGUAGUGUCCUCAGAUGAUGAUAAACCAUCAGCUUGUGAACUGUCACCUGUUGAUGAAAUGCGUGAAAAGAGAUCGGAGCUAAAGAUAAUGCAGAAAUCAGUUUCAGCAAAUGCUUUAACUCUUCUCAUCCAAGCUCCUGAAGAGUUCCACAAUCAGCCAAUGGAGUCUCCAGGUUCUAGUACCAGCUCUCGUGACGGCUCCCCUUCCAGGGAGAUGUCCCCGCUAGCAAAAAGCCUAAAGCCACCCAUUGUAAUUAAGAAGGGUGCAAGAGGUUAUGGAUUCACAUUGAAGGCAAUCAGAGUUUACCUUGGCAACUCAAACACUUAUGCACUUCAGCAUAUUGUUGUUGCUGUUGAAGAUAAUAGUCCAUCAUUUGAAGCGGGGCUACGACCUGGUGAUCUUAUCACACAUAUUAAUGAGGAACCUAUCCAUAGUCUACUUCAUACACAGGUUGUUCAGCUUAUCCUCAAAGGAAAAGGAGAAUUACGCAUUCGGUCCAUGCCAUUAGAGAGCUCAACCAUCCAAACAGGUGCUAAAAAGAAGGGAACAAAUCCAGGCAAGAUGGCCCGGAGAUCAAAGAAAAAGGCGGGAAAAGGAGGAGAAAAGAAGAAAAGUCGGUCAUUGUUUAGGAGAUUAAGUACGAAGCGGGCUGAACAACAGGGUCAUGUUGCGGGUCAGCUUGGACAUAGUUCCCCACUUACACCAAGCAGUACAUAUCGGAGUAGUCCAUUUAGUAAAUCUUGGUCGUUUGGUGACACUUCUGCUGUAACAUUUAAAACAGGAGUUCAGUCAUCACCAUUAUCUCUAACUUGGUCCCCGGAAACAUGUCAGACCUCAUCAACCAGUAGUUCACCCAGUUCUAGUUCACCUAAUUCACCGGCCAAUCAGUCACACUCACCGACUGGUUAUGGACGUCCAAGUUCCUUGUCUGGUCUAAAACAUAAGCGAACACAGAGCUUGAAGUCUCCGUGCAGAAGAAAAUCUGUUCACAACAUUCCAUUAUCUCCACUGGCACGGACACCAUCACCAUCUCCAAUGCCUGUAUCUCCCACAAGAUCCCCUAGUCCGCUAGCUUUUUCACAGGGGCAUCAAGUAGGAGCUUCAAAUCAGUCACAGAAAACAAUACCAGCACAUUUAAACACAAAUCCAAGUCAAGCUAUAGUUAAGAGACAUUCAUUUUCAAAACAUAAGCCUGACCAGACUUCACCUCUGUUACGUCGAGCUCUAUCACCAGACAGACUACAUCCAAACUCAGCAGAGAAAAUUCAACAAAGAAAAUCGUCUCUGCAGGAAAACAAAAGUAAAUCAUUGGAUCCUCCAUAGCACUAGGUUUUGUUGCUUAGAUAUAUUGUAGAAAGAUGUAAAUAGUUUCUUAUUUAAGAUAUUACUGCUCAAAUACACUGUGGCAUUUAUUAUGAUUUUCAUUUAUUAUAAUAUAAAGCUUAAAAUUAUU